AUGAAGAAAGAUCAAAACUAUAAGAAAGAUGGGAGUAACCUUAGUAUAAAAGAUGAAGUAGAAAAGGAGCUAAAUAAGAAAGGGACUUUGGAGUUGUUUAGGAAAAUAAAGAGUCAGAACAUAUCAUUUUUUUUGCCUUUUAAAUGUUUACCGUCAUCACAUAAGAAAUUGUUGGGUAUAGCUUUUAUAUGUGCAACAAUAUCAGGAGGUACAUUACCAUUUUUUAUUUCCGUUUUUGGAGAUAUAAUGAAAAAUAUGAAUUUAGGUGAAGAUAUAAAUGAAAUAAUUUUGUCCUUAGUAUUAAUAGGUAUUUUUCAAUUUAUAUUAUCAUUUAUAUCAAGUUUUUGUAUGGAUGUUGUAACAACAAAAAUUUUAAAAACGUUAAAAAUUGAAUUUUUGAAAAGUGUUUUUUAUCAAGAUGGACAGUUUCAUGAUAAUAAUUCUGGAUCAAAAUUAAAAUCAGAUUUAGAAUUUUAUUUAGAACAAGUAAAUGCAGGAAUAGGAACAAAAUUUAUUACUAUUUUUACCUAUGCUAGUUCAUUUUUGGGUUUAUAUUUGUGGUCAUUAUUUAAAAAUGUGAGGUUAACUUUAUGUAUUACUUGUGUCUUUCCAUUAAUAUAUAUGUGUGGUGUAAUAUGUAAUAAAAAAGUAAGGGUAAAUAAGAAAACGUCAUUAUUAUAUAAUAAUAACACAAUGUCUAUUAUUGAAGAAGCGUUAGUAGGUAUUAGAACAGUUGUUAGUUAUUGUGGAGAAAAUAUCAUUUUAAGAAAAUUUAAAUUAUCAGAAAAAAUGUAUAGUAAAUAUAUGUUGAAAGCAAAUUUUAUGGAAUCAUUACAUGUUGGUUUGAUUAAUGGUUUUAUAUUAGUAUCCUAUGCUUUUGGUUUUUGGUAUGGUACUAGGAUCAUAAUAUCAGACAUGCGUAAACAGAGCAUUAAUAAUGAUUUUCAUGGCGGUUCUGUUAUAUCAAUAUUGUUAGGUGUACUAAUUAGUAUGUUUAUGCUUACUAUAAUAUUACCAAAUAUUAGUGAAUAUAUGAAAUCGUUAGAGGCAACUAAUAAUCUGUAUGAAAUAAUUAAUCGUAAACCAUUAAUAGAAAGUAGUGGUAAUACAGGUGAUGUCUUACCUGAUAUAAAUAAGAUACAAUUUAAAAAUGUUAAGUUUCAUUAUGAUACUAGAAAAGAUGUAGAAGUAUAUAAGAAUUUAAAUUUUACCUUAACAGAAGGAAAAACAUAUGCAUUUGUUGGUGAGUCAGGUUGUGGUAAAUCUACUAUUUUAAAAUUAAUUGAACGUAUUUAUGACCCAACAGAUGGAGAUAUUAUUAUUAACGAUUCACAUAAUCUAAAAGAUGUAAACCUAAAAUGGUGGAGAUCAAAAAUAGGUGUUGUUAGCCAAGAUCCAUUAUUAUUUAGCAAUUCUAUUAAAAAUAAUAUAAAGUAUAGUUUGCUUAGUAUACAGGACUUAGAAUAUCUUCAGAACGGGGAUAAUGACCACAAGGACAUGGAUAAUGAUAAUGAUGAGAAUACGAAUAAAUGUCGUACUAAUAAAUGUACAAAAGAUUUUAAUGAUAUUAUUAAAACGAAUAGGACUAGUGAUCUUCUGGAAGUGAAAAAGGCAUAUGAAUCAAUUGAUGAUUCUCAAGUUAUAAAUGUUUCAAAAAAAGUACUAAUUCAUGAUUUUGUUUCAGCUCUUCCUGAUAAAUAUGACACCAUGGUAGGAUCAAAUGCUUCUAAACUUUCAGGAGGACAAAAACAAAGGAUUUCUAUUGCUAGGGCUAUAAUUAGAAAUCCAAAAAUUUUAAUACUAGAUGAAGCUACAUCUUCCUUAGAUAACAAAUCAGAAUAUUUGGUUCAAAAAACAAUUAACAAUUUGAAGGGAAAUGAAAACAGAAUUACUAUUAUCAUUGCGCACAGGUUAAGUACUAUCAGAUAUGCAAAUACAAUUUUUGUUUUGUCCAAUCGGGAAAAUAAUAAUAUGGGUAGCCAUUCUAGUAUUCCUUACGACGCUGCAGACCACAGUAGCAAUAAUAACAAUCCAAUUAAUAACCUAGGUAGUUACAUAAUUGAACAAGGAACACAUGAUUCUUUGAUGAAAAAUAAAAAUGGUAUUUAUUAUUCCAUGAUUAAUAAUCAGAAGGUAUCUUCAAACAGAUCUAACAAGGGCAGUGAUGAUAAUGAUUCUGAAAGAAAAAGUAGUGUUUAUAAAGACUCAGAUGUGGGAAACGACAAUGAAAGUAUAUACAACAAUAAUAACAGCAGCAUGUUGAAUAAUGCAAACGGGGAGGGAGCUUCUAAAAAUAAAGAUAUGGAAUUAUCGACAAAUGGAAAUGAAGAAAAAGUAUCAUUCUUUAAAAGAAUAUUUAGAAGAAAGAAAACGAAAGGACCAAAUAACCUACGCGUAGUAUAUAAGGAAAUGUUUUCAUACAGAAAAGAUGUUUUUAUCAUAGUGCUGAGUAUUAUAGUAGCAGGUGGAUUAUAUCCCUUAUUUGCCAUAUUAUAUGCAAAAUAUGUAACAACGCUAUUCGACUUUGCUAAUUUAGAAAAGAAUUCAAACAAGUAUUCUCUUUACAUUUUUAUUAUUGCUAUAGCUAUGUUUAUAUCAGAAACACUUAAGAACUACUAUAACAAUAUAAUAGGUGAAAAGGUCGAAAAGACAAUGAAGCUUAGAUUAUUUGAAAAUAUUUUACAUCAAGAAAUUAGUUUUUUUGAUCAUGAUAUGAAUGCACCAGGUUUGUUAUUAACUCAUAUUAAUAGAGAUGUUCAUUUAUUAAAAACAGGUUUAGUAAACAAUACUGUUAUAUUUACACAUUUUAUUGUGCUCUUUUUAGUUAGUAUGGUUAUAUCGUUUUAUUUUUGCCCAAUUGUAGCAGCAGUAUUAACAGGUACAUACUUCAUUUUGAUGCGUGUGUUUGCAAUAAGAGCAAGAUUAUCAAAAAGUAAAGGUAUAGAAGAAAAGAGAAAUAAUUAUGGAAGUAAUACUGCUUUUGUAUAUAAUUCAGAUGAUGAAAUAUUUAAAGAUCCCAAUUUCUUAAUACAAGAAGCUUUUUAUAAUAUGAACACGGUUAUAACUUAUGGUUUAGAAGAAUACUUUUGCAAGUUAAUAGAAAAAGCUAUUGAUUACAGUAAUAAAGGUCAGAAAAGGAAAAUUAUAGUAAAUUCAAUUUUAUGGGGAUUUAGUCAAAGUGCUCAGUUAUUUGUUAACAGUUUUGCAUAUUGGUUUGGUUCUUUGUUAAUAAGAAGAGGUACUAUUGAAGUGGAUGAUUUUAUGAAAUCCUUGUUUACCUUUUUAUUUACUGGUAGUUAUGCUGGAAAGUUAAUGUCACUUAAGGGAGACUCAGAAAGUGCUAAAGCAUCUUUUGAAAAAUAUUAUCCAUUGAUUAUGAGAAAGUCGAAUAUUGAUGUUAGAGAUGUUGGCGGUAUAAGAAUAAAGAACAUAGAUGAUAUUAAGGGAAAAAUUGAAAUAAAAGAUGUAAAUUUUAGAUACAUAUCAAGACCUAAUGUACCUAUUUAUAAAGAUUUAUCUUUUACUUGUGAAAGUAAAAAAACCACAGCUAUUGUUGGAGAGACAGGUAGUGGAAAGUCGACUGUUAUGAGUCUUCUGAUGAGAUUUUAUGAUAUAAAAAAUGAUCAUAUUAUUUUUAAAAAUGACACAAUAAAAAACAAAUCUAAUAACGACAUUGGAGUAACAGAAGAAGGAGCAGAUAUGGAAGGAGGAGGAAUACCCAUGAAUAAUGCUGAUGAAUUUAACAAACAUUCGAAAGAACGUUACGUUGAUGAUGAUGACGAUAAUAAUAAAUACACAUUGUUCAAAAAUAGUGGUUCUAUAUUACUUGAUGAUGUAGAUAUAAAUGAUUACAACUUAAAAGAUUUAAGAAGUCUAUUUUCAAUUGUUAGUCAAGAACCUAUGUUAUUUAACAUGUCCAUUUAUGAGAAUAUCAAAUUUGGAAAAGAUGAUGCUACUUUAGAAGAUGUUAAACGUGUGUGUAAAUUUGCUGCCAUUGAUGAGUUUAUUGAAUCGUUACCAAAUAAAUAUGAUACAAAUGUUGGUCCUUAUGGCAAGAACUUAUCAGGAGGUCAAAAACAAAGAAUAGCUAUUGCACGGGCAUUAUUGAGAGAACCUAAAAUUUUAUUACUAGAUGAGGCUACUUCAUCACUUGAUUCGAACUCUGAAAAAUUAAUUGAAAAAACGAUUGUUGAUAUUAAAGAUAGAGGAGACAAAACUAUUAUUACUAUUGCCCAUAGAAUUGCUUCAAUCAAAAGGUCAGACCGAAUUGUUGUCUUGAACAACCCAGAUAGAUUAGGUUCCUAUGUGCAGUCUCAAGGAACACACGAGGAGCUACUUGCAGAACAGGAUGGUAUAUAUAAGAAGUAUGUUAAGUUGGCCAAGUGA